CAGAAGGACGUGAGUCUUAGCGAGUCACAAAAAAAUAGGGAAACUUACGCAGAGUUUCCUUGGCCACUUCCCCAUCUGAGUGAUCACAUACCCAGCACUAUAGCCCGGGGUGCUCCCCUGUGAGGAGGGAAAAGGUGUGUCCACUGCCACUCAGCUGGAGGGAGUGACACAAGCCUGAUUGGGAAGUCCCAGGAGGACGGGGAUAUAAAUCUGUGCCCUAAAUGCUGAGCUUCCACUGAGGUGAAAGUCAGGCCUGGCAGCCCUCCCCAGGUGAGAAGCAACAAGGUGAAAAAUGCAGAGCUGCAGGCUACAGGGGACAAGACCUGAGAUUUCCACUUCCUGUGUGCUCUGGAAGUUGCUGGGAACAAUGUUCAUCGUGUACCUGUUGAUAAUGGGUGUUUCUUCCUUCACCAUUCAGCCUGAGGAACGCACAGUGCCUGCAGGAAACUGCCAGUUUCGUGGCAAACAUUUCAAAACCAAGUUCGAGGUGGAAGGGGAGCCAGUGGUCCUGCCGUGCCCCCAGAUGCGGUAUUGGUUGAGGGCCUCUGCUAGCCCCCAUGUCAGCGUGACAUGGCGGAAAAAUGAUUCUGCUAGGAUGAUCCCAGCGGGAGAAGACACAGGACUAUGGGUCCAGGAUGGUGCUCUCUGGAUUGUGCCAGCCUGGCGGGAGGACUCCGGCACCUACAUUUGUACUGUCAGAAACGCCUCUUACUGUGACGAAAUGUCCAUUGAGCUCAAGGUUUUUGAGAAGACAGAAGCGUCCCUGCCCCUCAUCUCAUAUCCGCAAAUCCUUACCUUGUCAACCUCUGGGGCGUUAGUUUGCCCUGAACUGAGUGAAUUCACCCGUAACAAAACUGACAUGAAGAUUCAAUGGUACAAGGAUUCUGUCCUUUUGGAUCAGGACAACAAGAAGUUUCAAAGUGUGAAGGGAACCACUCUCUUACUCAUACAUAAUGUGUCUAUGGAGGAUGUGGACUAUUACAGCUGUGUUAUGAUGUUUGCCCACAAAAGCAUGCGAUACAACAUCACUAGGACUAUCAAACUACGUAUCAACAAAAGAGAAGAGGAGACAGUUCCUGUGAUUAUCUCCCCCCACAAGACCAUAUUAGCUUCUUUGGGGUCGAGACUGACUAUCCCGUGUAAGGUGUUUCUGGGAGCUGGCACACACUUGACCACCCUGCUGUGGUGGAUGGCCAACAAUACCAACAUAGAGAGCAUCUACAAUCAAGACCGCGUGACGGAGGGGCAGCGCCUGGAAUACUCAGAAAAUAAUGAGAACUACAUUGAAGUACCACUGAUUUUUGACCCAGUCAUAAGAGAGGAUUUGAACACGGAUUUUAAAUGUGUCGUUCGUAAUACACGGAGUUUUCAGAUGCUGCAUACCACAGGUGUUCUAGAUACAAAGGUAGUGAAGAUGUAGUUUGCCGCUUCGGGAAAGAGAGAAUUUCAUUUUGAGACUGCGAAGGAUGCUUUAGAAAUGCCAAAGAAGAAUCAGCAAGAUUUGGUGAAUUUUUUUCAAAAGGAUGAUCUCCCAAAUAGCAAUUAGAAUAGACUGUCAGAAAAAUACAUGUUAGAACAUACUAGUGAACUGAGAAACAGACUCAACUUCUUAACAAAGCUUCUGAAAAUAAAGAGAAAGGAAGGGUAUUGAGAUAAUUGCAUACAUAUUGGGGGAAAAAUAACAGAGCCUUUUAUAUCAUCUACUGAAAA